UGGUAUUGUCAACUGUCAGUUUAGUGGUUUUGUUUUGAUAUAAUUUCAUAAUAAUUGGUUUGUGUAGUUUAAAAAAUUUAUUAUGUCUGAAGAAGCAAAUUCAGACUCUUCAACUUCAGAGUCAGAAAUUAGUGCUUGUAGUUCUAGUUUUAAUCCGUUUAAGGCAAUAUAUUCCGCAAAAACCAAAAUACCGGUGCAAAAUGCUCCAAUGUAUGAAAACUUAUCACAGUACGAAUCGGCACAGAAAGGUUCAAAUACGAUAAUACCUGUUGGACAGAGAGAGUUAGUAAUGAAGAGAGAACGGGAAAAGGAAAUGAAGAAACAAGAAACACAGAAGUUACUCGAAGAAAAGAAUAAGCAGCGGUUUGCAAAAUUUCAAGUUACGGCACCUGUGCGCAAAGAAAAAGUUAGCCAUAAUGUGCUGACCCGCAUACAGGCAAUGGACGGUCCUCUGGCCACUCUCAAGGAAUGCGUUGAUAAUAGACUCAGGAUUAAGGUAAUAACUCGUAAUGAAACAGGCGUGAGAGGGGUGCUACACGCCAACCUGAUAGCCUUUGACAAGCAGUGGAACUUGGCUCUCUCUGAUGUCCUCGAAAUUUGGAAGCGGAAGGCACCGAGGAAGAGGAAAAUACCUCCAGGAAUGAGUAUGCCAGCGGCGAAGGGUUCCGCGGCAGCUAUUUCUCCAGUGCCUAGAAUCACGGAGACGCCAUUAGGGAAAGGAAUAUGGGAGUGCACCAGGCAUAUUCCCCAGCUGUUCGUUCGUGGAGAACACGUCGUUCUAGUCAAUAUUGUUGAGCGGUGAUGGUAUGGUUGAUAGGUCAGCGGGCUUUUGACGCAGUUGAAUUGAAAUCAAAUCGGAAGCGACGGCAGAAAUUGGAAUGUACUACCAACGUACUAUUUAGCGUUUACUCGAUCGAAUUUCUUUUUUUUAUUAUUAUGGAUGCAAACUAGCUGAGGGUUCACCAAAUGGGAAAUGACUACCGUCGCCAUGACACUUGCGAUGUAACGAUUCGAUUCCAAUUCAGAUGAGAUCAAAAGACAGGCCACUGAACUAGUUUAAGAUAUUUUCUGUUUAGAAUAACUCGAAAGGUUAUUUUAAUGAAAAAUAAUAUGUGAAAAAUCAUUCACAUAUUGAAUUUAUUUUGAAUCUCCGGUGCCUAUAUUGUAAAUUGUUGUCUAGUAGAUUUUUUUUUUAUUUUUACUACUUACUUACCUACUAUAUUAGGUAUAAUUAUGUUUGUGAGCUUUUUAAGCUGAAUUAAUCAUCGUGAAAUUUGAUAUACACUUAUGUUUCUUAGAGCGAUACAUAGUAAUUUAUUUUGAUAUUAGUCACACGGUCAAAGUUCAACAGGCACCGCUUGUUUCUCAUUCAAAUACAAAAUGCUGUUAAAAAUAAAAAAUAAAAUAUUAGAAAUGAAAAAUGGCGCCCAUACAUUUGGGUAGCAGCAUUCAUUUUUUAACAUCAUAUUUAUAUUCGACUAUAAUCCUCUUAGUGACGUUUUAUGUUUAUAUAUAAUAUAAUUCAAAAUUUAUUUCGUUUCGAUUUUUUAAAAUUUGUUGGGCGCCAUUUUCCAUUUCACAUUUUUCAACAUUUUAUUUCAAUUCAGUAACUUUGGAAAUCCUUUUGGGCAACAUUAUUUUCCAAUUUUCUAAUAUCGGAUAUAUUGAAACUGGGAUGAACUGAUCGUUUAUGUCCUUUUUCAUCCCAGUUUCAUGGUUCGUUGAUUAUUUCGUCAAAUGGUAACAAACUCAUUUUCAUAUUUAUAAUAUUAGAAUAGUAUUGGACAGGAAAUGUACAGAGGAGAACAUGAACGGAUAAAGUUUUUUUUUUUCUAAACGUAAGUCCAAAUACGUCCCAGUUUUUGUAUUGGUUUACCGAAGUCACCAAUAUUUUGGUGUUUGGUGAAUAAUUGCUGUGUUGCGAACAGCACUAUGCUCUAUGAUGUUAUAUAUGUAUUUAUUUAAAUAACUUUUUUCACCAAAAUAAAGACACAAAUGACGGACUAAAUGCUAAUAACAUUCUCUGCCAGUAAACCUUUGUAUAACAAGUAAAAAUGUAUACCAAUACAUAAUAAAUAAUACGUACAUAAAUAUAAAGGAAUAUACAUAUAUAUACAACUAAAUAGAUAUAUAAAAUAUAAAUAAAUAAAAGAUGAAGAUUAGCUCUUAUUUUUGUAUGUGUAAAUGUUGUGAGUUCAUUAAGGUGAGCAUGUAUGUAUGUAUGUAUGACUAAUGAUAGUUAUUAUUCCAUUAUAAUUAUACUUAAUAUAAAUUCAGAAUAUUCAAGUGUUGCCAUUAAAAAAGUUCACGAUUUCAAUAUACUUACGUAAUUGUAUGUAAAACAGUAUUUUUGUAGCCGUCAUAAUUGUUUUAUUUUUACUUAGUUCCUAGUUAUUAAUUUGUUUUUUUUUUUGUGUAUAUUUUUGUUUAUUACAAUACAUAAGUAGUGCAUGCAUGACUUUUGUUGCUUUAGCUAUUACUAGCUACUGUUGAUUUUUUUCCACACUGUUAAAUAUUUUUAAAUUAAGUAAAUAAGUCUUGUUAAUGUUUUAUAUAUUUGAAAUAUAUAGAAACAGCUUACUGCCUUAUUUAAGUACGUAUUGUACAUAAUUAAAAUGUAGUUUAAGAGAAAAAAAUGUAUAUACAUACGUUCGAAAUAAAGAAGUUAUGACCGAUUC